UAUUGGCUGGACAUCCGGUUCGCCUGUCAAAUAGCAGUGAGUGAGCCGCACACCCCUACAAUAAUGUGGCACAUUGAAAGACAGGCAGUCAGACAGUAGGUACAUGUUCUUGCUCACGAUAGAACGGGAGUUGUUUGAUUGCUCUGCUCGAAUAGGAAUUUAAACCCUCCCUAUCAACUGAUUUAAAGAGACGUUUUGACGUUUGUCAUUGCUUAGCAUUCAUUUCUGAAAGAAAAUGGCGGAUGUAGAGACUGGUGGUGCUGCGCCGGAGAAGAGCCUAGAUGAUUUCUUUGCCAAGAGGGAUAAAAAAAAGAAGAAAGAAAAGGGAGGCAAGGGAAAGGAAGCACCAUCUGGGCCCACACCAAUUGUAUUGAAAAAGAACAAGAAGGAAAAGGAGAAGUCCGGCACGAAAAAUGAAAAUCAAGAUGCGCAGCCGGAGAAGGAGGACGAGGAGUGGAAGGAGUUUGAGGCAAAGGAGGUGGACUACAGUGGACUCAGACUGCAGGCUCUGCAGAUAAGUGAUGAGAAGGAGGAAGAGGAGUAUGAGGAGGAGGUCGGUGAGGAUGGAGAGAUCAUCCUGGUCAGUGGAGACAAAAUGUCUGGACCCUGGAACAAAUCUGGUGCCCCGCCCCCAGCCGCUGCCCCUGUUGAGGUGGAAGAGGUGCCUGAGUCCAAGCCUUCUGGGGUGUACCGCCCCCCAGGGGCCCGACUGACUACCACAAAGCGUGGCCCCAAUCAGGGGCCCCCUGAGAUCUUCAGCGACACACAGUUCCCCUCACUCAUGGCCGGCUCCAAACAUGUGGAGACACGCAGGGACAGAGAGAUGGAGAAGACCUUUGAGGUUGUGAAGCACAAAAACCGUGGCCGAGAGGAGGGCGGCAGUGGCGCUUCCCUGCAGCAGUUGGAGCUUGGUAACCAGUACGCCAUCUUGGGGGACAAGUAGUGGCCUGCACAGCCAGCGUGGUCUUACCCAGCUGCCAGAGGGAGCUGAGCUACAGCAGUGUACCUAACUACAGCACAGUCCUGACAACAAACACUGGUGUUGCUGCCACCACCACACUGGACCUUCUCACGUACCACUGUACAAUACAUACAGUAAACAUACAAACACCUCACACAGUCAACCAUAUACACUAACACACACACUUUACAUCUACAGACACUCCCGCAAUGUCAAUACAUUCAUGUGUAUAUACAGUACAUACACAAAGCACCUGGUUGGCAAAACUGAAAGACUACAUCCAAAAGGGCUGUGGCAACGGGGAUCAACUGAAACAAAUAUCAAAUCUAUAUGAUACACCCAUAUGAAUGACACUGCAGCAACAACAGCAAAGGCAACUUUAGGUUGUCUUUUGUGGAUUGUAUUCAGAGCAGCAGUGGUAUGGUACAACUUCUCUCUGGACUUCAACUUUCUUUGAUAAAGCCACAGAGGAUCAAAGAAGACACAAAAU